AUGUCAAAUAACUCGGCAACUGUUCUCACCAGUUCCAAAAAUGCUCUCGAUGGAAUGGGCGAACUGGUGCUUUCUAGCACUCGGGACCCUGUCGGGAUUAAAUUGGAUAACUCACCGGAGUGUCGCCUCAAAUGGGAGGCUCUCAGCUGGACAGACCAGGGAAACCAUACAGGUCUCAAUCCAACGGCGACAGUAAACCUAAGGUUUACUCUAUCGAGCUUCGAUGGAAGUGUGCAGGGUCUACAGUGGUGCAAGGAUACAGUGGGAAAGCUCUUGGGUAGUAAAAUGGCAAUGAGAUAUCAGCCCGGAUCUUUGCACGCAAAGCUGCCAUUGUUCCAGCAGUCCGUUCAAAAGCUAUUCAAGAAAAAUGCCGAACCAAUUGAGUGUCAUUCAUGGCGAAGAGACACAAUGCCUUUCUAUGGUGGGACGGUGUACGAUUAUAACAGGUCACUCGAAAGGAAGACUCGUGGACUCCUUGGGUAUCUCUCGGCGUUACUCUAUCGCUACCAUCCAAGAGGCCUCAUCCAUUAUAUCAAGAACAGAAAGCCAGGAUUCUUGGACGCAUUGGACGCAUUGGUGCUCUUUCUCCUCGACCGUGACUCUACCAAUAGCCAGAAAAUCCCGAGGCAGAUGUCUUCCAACCCCGUUCCCUACAACGAUCGGUUUCAGCACGAGGGGAUGCUUAGUAAAACACACGAUGCGCAACAUGUUCACAACGAGAGUGCAAGCAAUAAAAAUCAUGGCAACAACUUCCAUACUGAAUGGGGAACGCGACGCACGACGCUAGCCAUAGCAGUAUGUGCCGUUUCAGCAGUGGGGACCGGCGUUCUCUACGUGAUGUGUAAUAACCCUAAUUUUUGUGCACGACUAAAGAGAAGACUUCUGGUCAGGGAUGGAGACCAUAUCAAUAACGACAGAUUUUCUUCUAGUAAUCUGGAUAGCAACGGAGAGGAACUCCUGCCUGGCAAGAUCGUCGAAGGAAAGGAUGUGAUUCAGGGUCGACACGACGAUGACACUGACGACGACGUGGCGAGGCUAGCAAGCAUUAGACUCAGGUUCAGUCAAUUCGGGCAUCUCGCAAACGCGCCUCGCAAGAGGAUACAAGAUCUGUUCGAUCUCGAACCACUGAGAUUCAGAAACAGAGGCAACGUGGCUAAGAUGGUCCCGGUUCUCCCCCGAGCCCCCAAUGCAAGCGUGCGAAAGAGCUUCCGAGACUUCUACACAGAGAGCCAUCGCGAAGAGGCGCCUAGUGAUGAACUCCACGAGAUCAGAAAUCUCUUUUCAAUUUCUCAUACGGCCAAUACUUCCCAGAGAUACCGUGUACCUCGUGCUUGUAUCGACUGAAGACAUGUCCUAGCUUACACCAUUGUGAUAUAGUAUAGUGUUUAGAGGGUCAACUUCAAACUGUAUCCAUGAGUCCCUAAUAGAACUCUAGGUGUAUUAGUGAGCAGAAUUAAGAUCUUCG